AUGGCCACAACAUGGCAGAAAAUCCAACUGUUCUACCAAGAGGUGCUAGAGAAUGGAGGUAACUAAGUCCAGACACAGUGCUCACUGAAGUUCUCAGUCCAAUACCAUUUUCUUAGCCUAUAGGAAUGCUGUCUUUGUGUCCUUCCAGACAAAAAUACCGACAGCUGGUUGCUGGUGUACUCACCUGUGCCAAUCACCUGCAUCCUCCUGUGCUACCUGCUCCUCAUAUGGGUGGGCCCCAAGCUGAUGGCUCAGACAGCCAGUCAACCUCAAGCCUGUGCUCAUUGUUUACAGCUUUGCCAUGGUCUGCCUGUCUGCCCACAUGUUCUAUGAGGUAUGGAAACAGGGGAAAGCAUGGGCAACUUGUAGCUAUUUUACCCAUCUUGGAUAUUCUUUAGAUCUAUUGUACACAGUACCUAUCUAUAUCCUCGUUAUAUACUCUAUGUGUAAAUAAGUGACGAUGAGCAGCUAUUCCUCUACCUGUAAACAUACAGUAUUUUAAUGCAUUUUUCUUCCUUCCUUUUUUAAAUUUUCUAAUUGUAUUAUUUAUUUAUUCACAGGCUCACAGGUAAUAUUAUAACUUCUUGUUCAACAGUUGCAACAAGGUUACUUAAUAUUGCUGCCUACAGCAAGGUGUUUAAAGGUUUUGGCAAUGCUUUCAAUGCAUUGCAAUUGCCUUAAUAUACAGUACAUAUCUAAAUGAUUUCUGACCUAAAACUACUGCUGAAAUGUCUCUUCUCUGUGUUCUGAACAGAUGGCCAAGGUCUGCUAGUGGUUCUACUUCUCCAAAGUCAUUGAGCUUAGUGAUAAUGUAAGUACACUUCGGGGAUUCUACUAUCCCAGGUUGAAGCAAAAAUUGUGUGAGCAGCACCACUUGGACUAUAUUUACAUCUCUUCUAUCAAGACAUAUUUUAUGUACUGUCUUCUGUCUAUGUGACUAAUGUCUGUAAAUGUAGCUAAUUCCUGAGGAUUUGUUUUCUGUGUUUCUUGUCAUAUUCUUGUAUACAGUUGAAGUCGGAAGUUUACAUCUUAGCCAAAUACAUUUAAACUCAGUUUUACACAAUUCCUGACAUUUAAUCCUAGUAAAAAGUCCCUGUUUUAGGUCAGGUAGGAUCACCACUUUAUUUUAAGAAUGUGAAAUGUCAGAAUAAUAGUAGAGAGAAUGAUUUAUUUCAGCUUUUAUUUCUUUCAUCACAUUCCCAGUGGGUCAAACGUUUCGGGCAGCCUUCCACAAGCUUUCCACAAUAAGUUGGGUGAAUUUUGGCCCCUUCCUUCUGACAGAGCUGGUGUAACUGAGUCAGGUUUGUAGGCCUCCUUGCUUGCACACGCUUUUUCAGUUCUGCCCACACAUUUUCUAUAGGAUUGAGGUCAGGGCUUUGUGAUGGCCACUCCAACUCCUUGACUUUGUUGUCCUUAAGCCAUUUUGCCACAACUUUGGAAGUAUGCUUUGGGUCAUUGUCCAUUUGGAAUACCCAUUUGCGACCAAGCUUUAACUUCCUGACUGAUGGUGUUCUUCGGCUUGCAAGACCCCCCUUUUUCCUCCAAAUAUAACGAUGUUCAUUAUGGCCAAACAGUUCUAUUUUUGUUUCAUCAGACCAGAGGACAUUUCUCAAAAAAGUACGAUCUUUGUCCCCACGUGCAGUUGCAAACCGUAGUCUGGCUUUUUAAUGGCGGUUUUGGAGCAGUGGCUUCUUCCUUGCUAAGCAGCCUUUCAGAUUAUGUUGAUAUAGGACUCGUUAUACUGUGGAUAUAGAUACUUUUGUACCUGUUUCCUCUAGCAUCUUCACAAAGUCCUUUGCUGUUGUUCUGGGAUUGAUUUGCACUUUUGGAACCAAAGUACGUUCAUCUCUAGGAGACAUAAUGCGUCUCCUUCCUGAGCUGUAUGACGGCUGCGUUGUCCCAUGGUGUUUAUACUUGCGUACUAUUGUUUGUACAGAUGAACGUGGUACCUUCAGGUGUUUGGAAAUUGCUCCCAAGGAUGAACCAGACUUGUGGAGGUCUACAAUUUCUUUUCUGAGGUCUUGGCUGAUUUCUUUUGAUUUUCCCAUGAUGUCAAGCAAAGAGGCACUGAGAUUGAAGGUAGGCCUUGAAAUACAUCCACAGGUACACCUCCAAUUGACUCAAAUGAUGUCAAUUAGCCUAUCAGAAGCUUCUAAAGCCAUGACAUCAUUUUCUGGAAUUUUCCAAGCUAUUUAAAGGCACAGUCAACUUAGUGUAUGUAAACUUCUGACCCACUGGAAUUCUGAUACAGUGAAAUAUAAGUGAAAUAAUCUGUCUGUAAACAAUUGUUGGAAAAAUUACUUGUGUCAUGCACAAAGUAGAUGUCCUAACCGACUUGCAAAAACUAUAGUUUGUUAAUAAGAAAUGUGUGGAGUGGUUGAAAAACAAGUUUUAAUGACUCCAACCUAAGUGUAUGUAAACUUCCGACUUCAACUGUAUCGGUCAUGUGAAUUAAACAAAUAUGACAUGUCUCUUCCAGGUGUUCUUCAUCCUGAGGAAGAUGAACAGUCACUUGACCUUCCCGCAUGUCUACCACCAAAGCACCAUGAUCUUCAAUUGGUGGGCUGGGGUCAAGUACGUGGCAGGAGGCCAGUGUAAGUGUUGUCCCAUUCACAUCACUACAGCAGGGACAGUGUUUCAUUUACCUGGUGUUAGACCCAGACAAUUAUCUCCUGUAUGUAACAGUAUGGCAAUGCACAAUCUAUUUCUUGUAUCUGCUUCCUGCUCAGCCUUGGUUGAAAUAAUUAUUAUGCUUUUCAUACUUGUUCUUCUGGAGAUAUACAGUACACACACCCACAUAUUGAAAUGCACAUGACAUUUCAAUGAGUGGAACACGUGCAACGAUACCCACAGUGUCCUUGGAACUGUUUCACACCCCUGCUAUUUGAAAAAGACAUUUGGUGCGGUGAAAGCAGCAGUGAUCAAACUAGACUAGCAAGGAUUGGAACAGAACGGCCAAGAUUAAGACAAGCUUUUGGCACUGAGAUGCAUUAUAAUUUGUUUAAAAUGGCGGUGAGUUUGCAGAAAACAGCUGGCGGUGCAUCUUAGUGCAGCAUUUGCCCUCCUUUUGGUUUAAAGAUAGUAAACACAGCCUGGCUAUUUUAUUUCACAUUGCGCGUCCUAAGAUGGACAGAUGGGCAGUUCGUCACACUUUGCGAUGAAAUCAAAUCAAAUCAAAUCAAACGUUAUUUGCUACAUGUGCCGAAAACAACAGUGAAAUGCUUACUUACAAGCCCUUAACCAACAAUGCAGUUAAGAGUUAAGAAAAGAAAGUGUUAAGUAAAAAAUAGAUAAGUAAAAAAAAUGUAAAAGAACAAAUAAGGCCUACCACUGUUGUGUCGCCGUCAAACUUAAUGAUGGUGUUGGAGUCGUGCCUGGCCAUGCAGUCAUGGGUGAACAGGGAGUACAGAACGGGACUGAGCACACACUCCUGAGGGGCCCCCGUGUUGAGGAUCAGCGUGGCAGAUGUGUUGUUACCUACCCUUACCACCUGGGGGUGGCCCGUCAGGAAGUCCAGGAUCCAGUUGCAGAGGGAGGUGUUUAGUCCCAGGGUCCUUAGCUUAGUGAUGAGCUUUGAGGGCAAUAUGGUGUUGAACGCUGAGCUGUAGUCAAUUAAUAGCAUUCUCACGCAGGUGUUCCUCUUGUCCAGGUGGGAAAGGGCAGUGUGGAGUGCAAUAGAGAUUGCAUCAUCUGUGGAUCUGUUGGGGCGGUAUGCAAAUUAGAGUGGGUCUAGGGUUUCUGGGAUAAAGGUGUUGAUGUGAGCCAUGACCAGCCCUUCAAAGCACUUCAUGGCUACAGACGUGAGUGCUACGGGUCGGUAGUCAUUUAGGCAGAUUAUCUUAGUGUUCUUGGGCACAGGGACUAUGGUGGUCUGCUUUAAACAUGUUGGUAUUACAGACUCAUUCAGGGACAUGUUGAAAAUGUCAGUGAAGACACUUGCCCAUUGGUCAGCGCAUCCUCAGAGUACACGUCCUGGUAAUCCGUCUGGCCCUGCAGCCUUGUGAAUGUUGACCUGCUUAAAAGUCUUACUCACAUCGGCUACGGAGAGUGUGAUCACAUAGUCACCCGGAACAGCUGAUGCUCUCAUGCAUGCUUCAGUGUUGCUUGCCUCGAAGCGAGCAUAGAAGUGAUUUAGCUCGUCUGGUGGGCUCGUGUCACUGGGCAGCUCGCGGCUGUGCUUCCCUUUGUAGUCUGUAAUAGUUUGCAAGCCCUGCCACAUCCAACGAGCAUCGGAGCUGGUGUAGUACGAUUCAAUCUUAGUCAUGUAUUGACUCUUUGCCUGUUUGAUGGUUCGGCUGAGGGCAUAGCGGGAUUUCUUAUAAGCGUCCGGGUUAGAGUCCCACUCCGUGUAAGCGGCAGCCCUACACUUUAGCUCAGUGCGGAUGUUGCCUGUAAUCCAUGGCUUCUGGUUAGGGUAUGUAUGUACAGUCACUGUGGGGAUGAUGUCAUCGAUGCACUUAUUGAUGAAGCCAGUGACUGAUGUGGUGUACUCCUCAAUGCCAUCGGAAGAAUCCCGGAACAUAUUCCAGUCUGUGCUAGCAAAACAGUCCUGUAGUUUAACAUCUGCGUAAUCUGACCACUUCCUUAUUAACCGAGUCCCUGGUGCUUCCUGCUUUAGUUUUUGCUUAUACGCAGGAAUCAGGAGGAUAUAAUUAUGGUCAGAUUUGCCAAAUGGAGGACGAGGAGAGCUUGGUGGUCUAGAGUUUUUUCCCCUCUGGUUGCACAUUUAACAUGCUGGUAGAAAAGAGGUAAAACAGAUUUAAGUUUCUCUGAAUUAAAGUUCCCGGCCACUGGGAGCGCUGCCUCUGGAUAAGUGUUUUCCUGUUUGCUUAUGACCUUAUACAGCUCAUUGAGUGCAAUCUUAGUGCCAGCAUCGGUUUGUGGUGGUAAAUAGACAGCUAUGAAAAAUAUAGAAGAAAACUCUCUUGGAAAAUAGUGUGGUCUACAGCUUAUCAUGAGAUACUCUACCUCAGGCGAGCAAAACCUCAAGACUUCCUUAGUAUUAGAUUUUAUGCACCAGCUGUUGUUUACAAAUAUACACAGACCGCCACCCCUUGUCUUACCGGAGUCUGCCGUUCUAUCCUGCUGAUGUAGCGUAUAUCCCGCCAGCUAAUAGGAUUGAUGGAAGAGGCAGAUUACUUGCUCGCCGUUGGAUCCUUACAAGGCACCCCGACCUACGUCCACGAUAUCUCCGUCUCUUUCUCAGAGAGUGACGGGGAUUUGGGCCUUGUCGGGUGUCUGUAGAAUAUCCUUUGCGUACGACUUGUUGAAGAAAAAAUCUUCGUCCAAUACGAGGUGAGUAAUCACUGUUCUGAUAUCCAGAAGCUCUGGCAGAAACAUUAUGUACAAAAUAAAUGACAAAUAACGCGAAAAAACACACAUAAUAGCACAAUUGGUUAGAGGGCCGUGAAACGGCAGCCAUCUCCUCCGGCGCCAUCUUUCUGGUCAAGAUGUUGUUAUUCAAUGAAAGAACCCAGCUUUAGAAACAAGUUAAACAACUUACCUUGUAUUAAAACAGUGAAUAACUAUGAACAUACCACUGAAUGAAUAGCCCAUUCUCUGGGUAUUUUGUGUCUUCCUCCCUCCAGCCUUCCUUAUUGGUGCACGUGGUGAUGUAGACUACAUGACCAAAAGUAUGUGGACACCUGCUUGUCUAACAUCUCAUGGGCAUUAAUAUGGAGUUGGUCCCCCCUUUGCUGCUAUAACAGCCUCCACUCUUCUGGGAAGGCUUUCCACUAGAUGUUGGAACAUUGCUGCGGGACUUGCUUCCAUUCAGCCACAAGAGCAUUAGUGAGGUCGGGCACUGAUGUUGGACGAUUAGGCCUGGCUCGCAGUCGGCGUUCCAAUUCAUCCCAAAGGUGUUGGAUGGGGUUCAGGUCAGGCUCUAUGCAGGCCAGUCAUGUUCUUCCACACCGAUCUCGACAAACCAUUUCUGUAUGGACCUCGCUUUGUGCUUUGUGCACGGGGGCAUUGUCAUGCUGAAACAGGAAAGGGCCUUCCCCAAACUGUUGCCACAAAGUUGGAAGCACAGAAUCGUCUAGAAUGUCUUUGUAUGCUGUAGCGUUCCCCUAUACUGGAACUAAGGGGCUUAGCCCAACCCAUGAAAAACAGCCCCAGACCAUUAUUCCUCCUCCACCAAACUUUACAGUUGGCACUAUGCAUUUGGGCAGGUAGUGUUCUCCUGGCAUCCACCAAAACCAGAUUCGUCUGUCGGACUGCCAGAUAGUGAUACAUCACUCCAGAGAACGCAUUUCCACUGCUCCAGAGUCCAAUGGCGGCGAGCUUUACACCACUCCAGCCAACGUUUGGCAUUGCGCAUGUUGAUCUUAGGCUUGUGUGCGGCUGCUCGGCCAUCGAAACCCAUUUCAUGAAGCUCCCGACUAACAGUUCUUGUGCUGACGUUGCUUCCAGAGGCAGUUUGGAACUCGGUAGUGAAUAUUGCAACCGAGGACAGACGAUUAUUACUCACUACGCGCUUCAGCACUCGACGGUCCUGUUCUGUGAGCUUUUGUGGCCUACCACUUCGCAGCUGAGCCAUUGUUGCUCCUAGAUGUUUCCACUUCACAAUAUAGUAGCACUUACAGUUGACCGGAGCAGCUAUAGCAGGGCAGAAAUUUGACGAACUGACUUGUUGGAAAGGUGGCAUCCUAUAACGGUGCCACGUUGAAAGUCACUCAGCUCUUCAGUACGGGCCAUUCUACUGCCAAUGUUUGUCUAUGGAGAUUGCAUGGCUGUGUGCUCAAUGGGUGUGGCUGAAAUAGCCAAAUCCACUAAUUUGAAUGGGUGUUCACAUACUUUUGACCAUGUAGUGUAUCUGUACUAUGGGCUAGCAGCCCUGGGGCCUCACAUGCAGAGAUAUCUUUGGUGGAAGCGCUACCUCACCUCCCUGCAGCUGGUGAGUAGAGUGGCCUUGAUGCAGAGCCUCUGCUACAGUAUGGCCGCCUCCCAAAUGGCACCCUAUAACCUAUUAUAGAGCACUAAUUUUGGCCAAGACUCAUAGGGGAAUAGGGUGCUAUUUGGGAAGCACCCGUACAGUACAUCCUAGAGUCUAGAUAAUACUUAAUUUACAUUUACUGUAUAUCAUGUAAAAGCAGGGUUUACCAACCCUCUCCUCGCACCUUAAAGUGCUUUAACCUUCAGUGUUUUGUCAGGAUGCUAGGCUAAUUAGCCUGUGGAUGAUCUGUUCAUUGGAAGAAGCCUUGUUAAAGGUCCAAUGCAGCCAUUUUUAUCUCAAUAUCAAAUAAUUUCUGGGUAACAAUUAAGUACCUUACUGUGAUUGUUUUCAAUUAAAAUGCGAAAAAUAAAUGGGGAAAAAAUGCUUCUUAGCAAAGAGCAAUUUCUCAAGCAAGAUUUUUGCUAGGACCGUCUGAGAGUGGUUUGAGUGUGUGGGGGAACACUGAACAUGAGCUGUUAUUGGCAGAGGUUUUGAACUCUCUUUCUUAUUGGUCUAUUAACUAAUUUUACCGCAUGUUGAUCUCACCAUGGAAGGCCAAAACUCCUUCUCACCAAAACAGUCUGAAAUCUAGAGAGGCCAGUGUAUAAUUGUUGUGCCAAGACAAUAGGAUAGCAUGUAUUGAGCGUUAGUGCGACUUCAUACCUUGUUUGUUUAAGUUUCCUGAUUUGGUCCUGAUGUUUGUAUUAAUUGUUUGGAAAAUACGUUAACUCUGUUUAUGGGCUCUACAACUGUAUAGUUCCAAUGUAGUCACACUAGAAGCCCACAACUGAGCUUUCUUCUUAUUGACACUGGUUAUGUUGACCCUUUGUGACCCCAGCUCCACUUCUUCAUAGUGACCAUCCACACCAGCUACAACCUGUUCACUGACUGCAACAUCCCAGACUCCAUGAACGCUGUGGUGUUUGCCUACUCCCUCAGCCUCAUCACGCUCUUCAGAAACUUCUAG